GGUCCUCUUGCACCCCGGGGUAAGAUGGCGGAGCAGGCAGAGCUGCGCGCCUUGGCGGCGCGGCCCGCGGGUCUGCAAUCGCUCCUCACCUUCACAGUGCUCGCGCUCGCCUGCCUCGCCGGGUUUAGCUCCCGGCUCUUCGCCGUCAUCCGUUUCGAGAGCAUCAUCCACGAGUUCGACCCCUGGUUUAAUUACCGCGCCACGCAUCACCUCAGCUCGCACGGCUUCUAUGAGUUUCUCAAUUGGUUCGACGAGCGGGCAUGGUACCCACUCGGGAGGAUCGUGGGGGGCACGGUUUACCCAGGGCUCAUGGUGACGGCCGGUGCGAUCCACUGGCUGCUCAACUCGCUGCAUGUGACGGUGCACAUCCGCGACGUGUGCGUGUUCCUGGCGCCCGUGUUCAGCGGCUUCACGGCCAUCGCCACGUAUUUGCUGACGCGCCAGCUCUGGAGCGGUGGCGCCGGGCUCUUUGCCGCGUGCUUUAUCGCCAUCGUGCCGGGAUACAUCUCUCGCUCCGUGGCCGGCUCCUAUGACAACGAGGGUGUCGCCAUCUUCGCUCUCCAGUUCACCUACUACCUCUGGGUGAAGUCUGUGAAGACUGGCUCCGUGUUCUGGUCGACAUGCUGCUGCCUCUCCUACUUCUACAUGGUGUCGGCGUGGGGUGGCUACGUCUUCAUCAUCAACCUCAUCCCCUUGCACGUCUUCGUGCUGCUCCUCAUGCAGCGCUUCAGCCGCAGGCUAUACAUCGCUUACAGCACAUUCUUCAUCCUGGGCCUCAUCCUCUCCAUGCAAAUCCCAUUUGUGGGCUUCCAGCCUGUGCGCACCAGCGAACACAUGGCCGCAGCCGGGGUGUUCGUGCUGCUGCAGGCGUACGCCUUCCUGCAGUAUUUGCGCGAACGACUGACGCGGCAGGAGUUCAAGACGCUGUUCUUCGUGGCGGUGGCGCUAGCCGCCAGCGUGGUGUUCCUCACCGUUGUCUACCUCACUUACGCGGGAUACAUCGCUCCUUGGAGCGGAAGAUUCUACUCCCUGUGGGACACUGGGUAUGCCAAGAUCCACAUCCCCAUCAUCGCGUCGGUGUCUGAGCACCAGCCCACCACGUGGGUCUCCUUCUUCUUCGACCUGCACAUCCUGGUGUGCGUUUUCCCCGCCGGACUCUGGUUCUGCAUCAAGGACAUCAACGACGAGCGGGUUUUCAUCGCUCUGUAUGCGAUCACGGCGACGUACUUUGCGGGGGUGAUGGUGCGGCUCAUGCUCACGCUCACGCCUGUGGUGUGCGUGCUGGCCGGCAUCGCCUUCUCCGACACGUUCCGGCAGUACCUUGCCGACGAGCGGCAACCCGAGCGACGUACGGGUGGGGACAGCAGCGACGACGAGGACGAGGGCAAGCGCAGCACCCCCAAUCUCUACGACAAGGCGGGCAAGGUGCGGAAGUACCCCUCGGAGCAGGAGAAGAGCGAGGAGGGGCUGGGUCCCAACGUCAAGAGCAUCGUGGUCAUGGUGGUGCUCAUGCUGCUCAUGAUGUUCGCCGUGCACUGCACCUGGGUCACGAGCAACGCGUACUCGAGCCCCAGCGUCGUGUUGGCGUCGUACAACCAUGACGGGACGCGAAACAUCUUGGAUGACUUCCGUGAGGCAUACUACUGGCUGCGGCGAAACACGGACGAGCACGCGCGCGUGAUGUCGUGGUGGGAUUACGGGUACCAGAUCGCGGGCAUGGCCAACCGCACCACCCUCGUGGACAACAACACGUGGAACAACAGCCACAUAGCGCUCGUGGGCAAGGCGAUGUCGUCCAACGAGAGCGCGGCGUACGAGAUCAUGCGCAGCCUGGAUGUCGACUACGUGCUCAUCAUCUUCGGGGGUGUCAUCGGCUACUCGGGCGACGAUAUCAAUAAGUUCCUGUGGAUGGUUCGCAUCGCCGAGGGGGAGCACCCCAGGGACAUCCGCGAGAGCGAUUACUUCACACCGCAGGGCGAGUUCCGUGUGGACCGGGGUGGCUCUCCCGUGCUGCUCAACUGCCUCAUGUACAAGAUGUCCUACUACCGCUUUGGGGAGAUGCAGCUGGACUUCCGCACGCCGCCCGGCUUUGACCGCACGCGUAACGCGGAGAUCGGCAACAAGGACAUCAGCUUCAAGCACCUGGAGGAGGCGUUCACCUCGGAGCACUGGCUCGUGCGGAUCUUCCGCGUCAAGCAGCUGGAGAACCGCGAGCCGCUGGGCCGCAAAGCGCGCUCCACCAACACCGUGCCCAAGCAGAGAUACGUCUCCAAGAAGACGAGCAAGAGGAAGCGCGGCCACAUCAAGAACAAGAUGGUCAUCAAGAGAGGGAAGAAGUCGACCUCGAAAUAAAAGGGGUCGCACGUGGAAUGAAUUCCAAUCAAUCCGCCCGCCCUCCUGGAGAACUGAGUGCUUGCCCCACCGGGGGGCACGGGCGAGUUGCAGGGUGCCCGUUGUCUCGCGCUGCCGAGGCAAUAGUUUUAUUUCCGUUGGUUUAUUUUCUUUCUCCUGUUGUUUUCUUCUUACAACAAAGAUUGUAUAUAUGGCAUCACCUCUCUUUAAGUUGUGACAGCGGAGGAUGGGGGGGGAAUGUUCUUUCGUGAAAGCGAGUUGCCCCGAUGGUAAUUGUGCGUCAGGACCAUUGCACUGAUGUCCGGCGUACGUGAAGGCGUGCGCGCUUUGAAGCUUUCGGCCGAAUGACGUGAGAUUAAUGGGGAGUUUUACAACUUCAAAAAAUUAGCAUCGCAUCCACUGGAACCCCUGUCUUAAUCAACCAAUAGCCGUGUACCAUUGUCACUCAAUAAUUAAACCCACGUAAUUGUGUUAACCAUGUCCAUUCUGCAACUGUCUUGUUAAGUUUACAAGUUUAAACUUACCACCUCCUUUGAGUGCAUGCAUUCUUCUUGUUUAAUGAUUGUGGAGCUGUAUUUUGCAUCUCCUUAGUCCAUGGGCCGGAUCAGAAAUUUGGUACAAGGUGGCAAAUGCUCACUGGCCAUAUAAUUAAAUUGGCAUAAGUGAAGUAUUUGAUAACCCACAUGUUGUAAAUGUUUAUCAUCAUAAUUCGCUAUUUUCCUAAACAUCAAAGAAAUUGGAACUGCAAAAUUCUUUGCCGUCUCGGGCGGCACCAGCAAAUGAAACGUCUGGUCUGGGCUCACUGGACGACCCCGCGGCCUGUCCGUGUCCCGACCGCGGUGAAGCACGUGCUGAUCUGAGCGGCAAUGCAGGGCGGUUUUCUGCAGUGCUCUCACGGUGGCCAGGACCCCUCCCCACUACCCUCUCCACUGAAUGCACUGGGGACAACUGGAAAGAGGCUAUGGAUUGUAGAGCGGCGCGUGUGGCGGGGUCAACAGCUGGGAAAGUCUCUUAGUUUUCACGAGUUGGCGGGUGGCAAGGUCAACUGUUUGGCACAGGUAACUGUGACUUGGUAAGCCGUGCAUUACCGGAGUGGGGUGGGUUGUGUUCCUCGUGAUGACGGCUCUUUUUCACAAAGACAUGCGAAUACUUUUUAACUUUAUUUACUCGAUAGUAAAUUAUUUGUUUCAUACAAGGGCCAUGGGAGUGGGAGCUUCCAUGCGCUUGCCAUGCACUGAGGAAUAUUAGCAGCUCCAGGCAUUAUUAAACCAUUUCCUGUUUGGACACCCAAGUAAACUACGUUUCAGACGGAAACUCCCCCUUGACUCAAUUAUAAUUUGUAAAUGUUUUCUCACUUGCCAUGAGGCUGCUGUUGAUUUGUAAAUGUUUUGCAAAAUUGUCUUUCUUUUUGGGUAAUUCUGUAAAAUUUGACCAUUGGAUGUUGACAGCUGAAUAAAUAAAAAAAAACCCCGGCUGCAUA